AUGAAGAGAAGGCUUUCUAAAUCACAGCCACCCAAAUUCCUCGCAAAUUUUUCCCAUUUCAAUCAAAGUCUCUCAACUAGUAGCUCCUCUUUUGACACUCAAUUCAAUGCUGAAUCUUCAACAAACCUGGGACCCUAUGAUUCAACUCAAGAUCCAGCAAAAGUCAUAGCGACCCAAUUGUCAAAUUGCAGUAACUUAUCAGAACUGAAUCAAAUUUAUGCACAUAUUCUCCGGACCCAACUCCUAGAUUUGUACCCUGCAUCAUUUCAUUGGAACAACAUUAUAAGAUCAUACACAAGGCGAGAUGCUCCUAGCAAAGCGCUGUGUGUCUACGUUGCCAUGUCACGAGCCGGGGUCUUGCCCGAUUCUUAUACGCUUCCAAUCAUCUUGAAAGCCGUGUGUCAACUUUUUGCCACUGAGAUUGGUCGGCAGCUUCAUUCUGUGGCCAUAAGGGUCGGGUUGGAGUCCAACGAGUACUGUGAGAGUGGGUUCAUCAACCUGUACUCAAAAGCAGGAGAAUUUGAAAAUGCGCAUAAGGUGUUUGAGCAAAACCGUGAGAGAAAGUUGGGUUCUUGGAAUGCAAUCAUAGGAGGCCUUUCUCGAGGUGGCCGUGCCAAAGAGGCGAUAGAAAUGUUCGCGGAACUAAGGAAAUGUGGGUUCCUUCCGGAUGACGUGACUCUGGUUAGUGUAAUAUCGGCUUGUGGAAGCCUUGGGGACAUGGGUUUGGCUCUUCAAUUGCAUAAAUGCGCUUUCCAAGCUAAAUCCAUUGAAAAACCGGACAUUUUGAUGUUGAAUUCGCUUGUAGACAUGUAUGGAAAAUGUGGUCGGAUGGACUUAGCUUACAAAGUAUUUUCGAGGAUGGAGCAAAGAAAUGUAUCGUCUUGGACAUCCAUGAUUGUGGGUUAUGCGAUGCAUGGGCAUGUGGAUGAAGCACUAGAAUGCUUCCAGUGCAUGAGAGAGGCAGGAGUGAUGCCAAACCAUGUGACUUUUGUUGGGGUGCUUAGCGCUUGCGUGCAUGGUGGGACGGUGCAAGAGGGAAAACAUUACUUCCAUACGAUGAAGAAUGUUUAUGGGAUAAUGCCCCAAUUGCAACAUUACGGGUGUAUGGUGGAUUUGCUUGGCCGUGCAGGGUUGUUUGAUGAGGCUAGAGAAAUGAUAGAGGGGAUGCCGAUGAAGGCGAACUCAGUAGUAUGGGGGUGUUUGAUGGGUGCCUGUGAGAAGUAUGGGAAUGUGAAGAUAGGGGAGUGGGUGGCUAAGCACUUGCGAGAAUUGGAACCUUGGAAUGAUGGGGUUUAUGUAGUUUUAUCAAAUAUCUAUGCCAGCAGAGGUUUGUGGAAAGAGGUUGAGAGGGUAAGAGAGGUUAUGAAGCAGAGAAGUCUUGCUAAGAUUCCUGGCUAUAGCUUGGCAACCAGUUCAUAGUGAAACCCAGAAUUUUUGUUUUGUAAAUUGGAGUCUUCCUUACACCUUCCAAUUGUGUCCAUUUUUGUGAAAACAUUCUAAGUUAA